CUGCCUUUGUAAUUGCCUUGGAUAUUAAUCCUAGGGCAAACAGGAGAGUGAGGCGGCCGAGGUUAGGGUUUUUCGCUGGUUCUCCAUCACAUCGCUUCAGGUUUAGAUCUCGCUUCUCUACUAUUCAGGUUCUUCUGAAAGGCCGAAGUCAUGUCUCGCGUUUAUGUUGGUAACUUGGAUUCAAGAGUUACGGAGAGAGACCUUGAAGAUGAAUUCCGUGUAUUUGGAGUCAUACGAAGUGUGUGGGUUGCAAGGAGGCCACCUGGUUAUGCUUUUAUUGACUUUGAUGACCGCAGAGAUGCACAGGAUGCUAUUCGGGAAUUGGAUGGUAAGAAUGGUUGGAGGGUGGAGCUUUCCCACAAUUCCAGAGGUGGAGGUGGUGGGCGUGGAGGUGGUCGUGGUCGUUCUGGCGGUUCUGAUUUGAAGUGUUAUGAGUGUGGUGAGCCCGGUCAUUUUGCUCGUGAAUGUCGCAUGCGUGGUGGUUCAGGAAGACGCCGCAGCCGCAGCCGCAGUCCCCCACGAUUUCGUAGGAGCCCAAGUUAUGGGCGAAGGAGUUAUAGUCCUCGUCGGUCUCCUAGGCGCCGCAGUUUAUCGCCUCGUGGACGCAGCUAUAGCAGGUCACCUCCUUAUCGUGGGCGUGAGGAGCCACCAUAUGCUAAUGGAAAUGGCGCAAGGGAUCGGCGUCGAAGCAGAAGUUGAUUUAAAAGAGUUGGCAACUGUGUUUUUCAAGUGGAUGUUGAAAUUUUGUUAAACUAGUGUGCUUGCACUGCAGUUCAAGUCUGUUUAGAUGGGCAACGCCCUGAACAUCCUACUCUUGGAUUGGACUAGUUACUUUCUUGAUUUCCCAGCUUGUGUUCUUUAUUCUGUGCAGGACGCAUGUAGUUCCAUAACAGGUAAUAGAGUAUAUUCAUGGUAGUUGCUAUCGCAUUGCUAAGAGUUUGAGAUCUUGCUAAAAUUCAUGCUUUUGUUUUGUUUUGAGGUAUCUUCUGGUACUGCUUCAUUGGUUUUGUGCUUCUGCAUUCCCUGGGAUAUCGUUCCUGGCUGCCCUUCUCUGGGAUCUUCAAUUUUGAAUAGUUUUGGGUCUCAUCCGGCUACGUGCUUCUGUUUGAGUCUCCUCACUUGUGAUUUGCGCACCUCAAACUCUAUUGGCAUUUCUUUUUAUUAACUUUAAAGGGGUUGACGUCCUGCAUCAAAUGCUUCUGGCAGUGGCAGGUAUUCAAUCUGUUCUACAGAAGUUGGGCUUGUGGGUUUUUUUUUUUCCCCUUGACGCAUGACAUUGAAAUCUAGAUUAUGAAGAUUUAGAUUAAGGGGGAUUUCUUGACAUGGAUAAGAGAUGCGGGCCUAACAACAUUAAUUUUUUGAUGCAUUUAGCAUGACCCUACCCCCAUUCUUUCAAUUUAAAAGACUUUAAAUAACUCAACCUUUUCAUUGCCGGGGGGUGUCAGCAUGUCUUCUUCCCAAAUCAUUUCGGGGUGGAGUAGUUUGUUUGCUGCAACUUGUCCCCAUUUUCAUGGAAAUGAACAUCCUUAGUUUGCAGACGGCUUAACUUCAAUAGGUUUUAAAUUUACCUUACACAGUUCAUUGAACCUUGAGACUUUGCACGUGGUCUUGGAUUUCAAUGUCAUAGAAACCUAAUUUUUGUUGAUCAUGUCAUUAUUUCUGGAAAGCUUCCCGUGACUGCACUAAGCUCUUUCUUUCCCUUUUUUUCCUCAACUUUUUAUUAGAUCUAAAUCGUUUAGCAAAAUAACUUAACAGUGCAGGGCAGGCCUCACGUGUAGGUUAGAUUAAGAUAUCAUGCUUUGUUGUCUUGUCUUGUUUCGCGUGCUGUCUUGGGGUAGGAAUAUGUUGAGUCGUGUCUGCCGUGGAUGGAAUUUCAAAUCACCUGGCAGAGAAUACGUGUUCAAACUGUGAUAUCUGCUUGGACCUGCAUUAGUUAUUUGUCAAACAUUGAGCAAAAGCAAAUUAGCUCAAACUCUGCGGGGGGCAGAAUAUGAUAGAUUUUAUCUGAUGGACGAUGAUGGCCGUGAACGUUGUUGGUCCGAAUCACACGCUUUGCUUUCGUCUCAGAUUUUACUGCCAUGCGGCCUACAUAUGACACAUCGGCAUACCCCGUCUCUUGCACGGACGCAAUGCUUCAAGUUAAAACCCAUUUUUCUACCAAGUGGAAUGGGUUGCUCUUUAUUUUUUUUUUUUUCCACAUUUUGGUUUUUAUUGUGUUUUUUACACCCGUCGUUUUUGUACAGGGAGUCAUCUACUUUCAUGUACGAGUAUUUUGUAGUUGUCUCAUUCAUUCAUUAAUGCAUGUUUCCUUUUACGUCAAA